AUGGCUGAACGAGCGAUUAGUUGAUAAAGUCAGCUGGCUGCAUUUGUAGUAACUCCCUUUGGUUUUCCAAAGGUUAAGGCAAUGCUAUCGUGUCAGGAGAGCUACAUAACAAGAAGAUCUAAUACUAUUCUCACAUGCAUGGUAGUGACUUCUCUUUCAAGUUAUGAUCAAAUUCCUUCUGAUGAUUAACAAGCAGGGACAGACUCGCCUGUCAAAGUAUUACGAUCAUGUAGACGUUGGAAAGAGGGCUGCUUUGGAGGCGAAUGUGGUCAAGUGCUGUCUGUUCCGUAAGAAGGAGGAGUGCUCCUUUGUAGAGUACAAGGACUACAAACUGGUAUAUCGACAGUAUGCUGCUCUUUUUAUUGUAGUGGGCAUCACUGAUGAUGAAAAUGAGCUUUCUAUUUAUGAACUUGUACACAACUUUAUUGAAGUGCUUGACAAGUACUUCAAUCGUGUGAGUGAACUGGAUAUAAUGUUCAAUUUGGAUAAGGUGCACAUAAUGCUUGAUGAAAUGAUUCUAAAUGGAUGCAUUGUGGAGACCAACAAGAAUCGCAUACUGGCACCACUGCUGGCCUUAGACAAAAUGGCAGAAAGUUGACACAGCCAAAGCCAAAAAUGUGAUUUAAAAAAAGCAAUUAUAAGCCUGGUAUUCCUAUGUAUAGCCUUUAACAGUGGCAUGACAUUUUCUAAUAUUGGCCUGUAUGUGGUAGUGGAGAUAAAAUUGCUAAUGAGUUUUAUGGAUGACAUGAUGACCCUAUAACGUCAGUUUGCACUACAAAACUAAAUGUUUAUAGUUUAGACCAUGUUUACAGUGCAUGAAACUAAACGUUUACCUGCUUGCUUAAUGAUUUACUGGUUAGGCCUGAAAUACAAGUAUAAUGACCUCGUAGAUACCACAUCCAACACAACUCUUCAUAAUUUGCAAACUUUUUAAUGAUUAUUUCUGGAGCAUACACAUUUGAAAAUAUUUGUUUACUUUAAACUGCAACUUGAGUUAAAUAA